AUGGUCCUCCUCGCUUCCCUCGGCAGCAUUCCUCGUAUGAUCGUGAUAUUGAUAACAGCUUGUUUAGGGGAACGCCUGCAUGAAAGCAAAACCGUGGUGGAUUUGGGUUACGCGAAAUACCAGGGAUAUUAUAACAGAACCUCGGGUCUGAACGUAUUCUUAGGAAUCCGAUAUGCGGCUCCUCCGGUCGGAAGGCUGCGAUGGCAAGCUCCGCAGCCUUCUCUUGUGAACCGGACCACUAUCAUUCCCGCAACUGAGCAGCCACCACUUUGCCCUCAAUCGGGGGCCGCACAGCUCCCUAAGAUCUACGGGUUCAACUCAGCAUUAGGUGAUGAGGACUGUCUAUUUUUGAACGUCUACGCGCCACCAGGUGGGCGAGAUCUUCCUGUUCUUGUCUGGAUCCACGGUGGAGGCUAUGGUCUCAAUGGAGCGAUUUACGAUCCGAGUGAAUGGAUUAAUAGUAACGAAGAUGGUUUCAUCUCGGUUAUGAUCCAGUACAGAUUAGGUGCGUUUGGCUUUCUGGCUUCGGCAGACGUGUCAAAGUAUGGCCAGACAAACGUGGGCUUAUUGGACAUGCGUCCCGCGCUCGAAUGGGUGCAAGAACAUAUUUCUAAAUUUGGUGGUGAUCCUUUUCGGGUCACUCUCGGGGGUGAGUCGUCGGGUGCAGGUGCGGCGAUGCUACAAGCAAUGGCUUAUGGUGGCCGGGAAGAUCACCUGUUCAGCAACAUCAUCGCAUCGAGCCCAUAUACUGUGACCCAGUAUCGUUACGACGACGACGUACCAACUGGACAUUAUCGAGCGUUUGCCCGACAGGCAGGCUGCCUUGCCGGCGACGAAAGUGUUGGUCCGCGGACCUUUGCAUGUUUGAUGGAAACAGACACCAACACCUUACAAAAUGCAAGCGGGCUUAUUUCAACUUCAGGGGCCUGGGGAACAUUUGCUUUCCCACCUGUCAUUGAUGGAGACUUCAUUCGAGAGCUUCCAUCAAAACAACUGCUGGAGAAACGAGUGAGCGGUAAACGUGUCUUGUCUGGGAAUAACGCCAAUUAUGGCAUUCCUCUUGGCUUGCCGAACGUGGGGACCAGCGCAGAAUUUAUGACCUACGUGAAGGGUGCAUUUCCACGAUUCAUCGCCUCGGAUUUCAGUCGCCUCUUGGAACUCUAUGGGUUUGCUUCCUCCUCUUCUCCCGACCGCCUCGAUUCUCUCUACAAUACCCUCGGCGAUCGUGGGCCUACUGCGUUAAAUCAGUCAGAGUUUGCAACUGGUUACCAACAGACGGCGUUCAACCUCUUUGCUGAGACAGCCUUCGACUGCCCUUCCUAUUGGCUGGCGGAUGCCUUUUCCGGGAAUAACGACAAAGAAAGCUGGAAGUACUGUAUCAGUACUCGGUCACUCCGGCAUAUCAUAGAGCAGACUUGA